AUGUCGGUGAAAAAUUGUUUGUCGAUUCAAUGUUGCAAAAUCUUGUUUAAGUUUCUAGUGUUUAUGAUUGUCAUCAGUUAUUUAUGUGUCGAUGUAAGAGCUAAAAGAGAAAAUGAAGGUCCUCUGGUUAAAAGAGCAGAAAGAAAAACAGUUAUUUCAACUGAAAAUGGUGAAGUCUCAUCAGUCACAGUAGCUGAUGGAACUACUGGAUCCUAUCAUCUUCAAUUCAUCACAUUGGAACCCAACUCCCUCUUCCUUCCUGUUGUUCUACAUUCAGAUAUGGUCUUUUAUGUCCACACUGGGUCGGGGAAGCUAACUUGGAUGAAUGAAAAUGAAGAGAAAUCAGUGGAUUUAAGAAUAGGAGAUGUUUUCAGGCUGCCUUUUGGAUCUACUUUCUUCUUAGAGAGCAACUUAGACCCUAUCAGACAGAAACUUAGAGUUUAUUCCAUCUUUCCCAAUUCAGGGGAUGAUUUGCGAGAAUCACUGAAUGGACCCUAUUCCAGCAUCCGUAAAAUGGUUCUUGGAUUCGACAAGAAAGUCCUCCAAGCGGCAUUUCAUGUACCAGAAGAUGUGAUAGAAGAAGUGUUGGCUGGAACAGAAGUACCAGCUAUAGUGCAUGGUGUGCCAAAGUCAACUAAGAAGAAGAAGAAGAUCAACUUAUGGGAAAUGGAGGCUCAAUUCAUGAAAACUGUUUUAGGAAGGGGCAGUUAUAGUUUCUUUGACAACCAAAGGAAUAAAAAGAAGAGUUCUAAAUUGUUCAAUGUAUUCCAAGAGAAACCAGAUUUUGAGAAUUGCAACGGGUGGAGCACUGUAAUAAACAGGAAGAAAUUGCCGGCUUUAAAGGGUUCGCAAAUCGGCAUUUACAUAGUGAACUUAACGAAAGGAUCAAUGAUGGGGCCACAUUGGAAUCCAAUGGCUACUGAAAUUGGAAUGGCAAUUCAAGGAGAAGGAAUGGUGAGGGUAGUUUGCUCAAACAGUGGAAUAGGGCAAGGGUGUAAAAACAUGAGGUUUAAAGUGGAAGAAGGAGAUGUAUUUGUUGUGCCACGGUUUCAUCCUAUGGCUCAAAUGGCAUUCAAUAACAAUUCAUUUGUGUUUGUGGGAUUUAGUACAACUACAAAGAAACAUCAUCCUCAGUACCUAACGGGGAGAGCUUCAGUCCUCCGAACAUUGGAUAGGCACAUCUUGGAAGCAUCUUUCAAUGUGGCUAACACAACUAUGCAUCAGAUUCUUGAAGCACAGGGUGAUUCAGUUAUACUGGAGUGUACAUCUUGUGCUGAGGAAGAGAAGAGGUUGAUGGAGGAAGAAAGAAGGAGGGAGGAGGAGGAAGCAAAGAAGAAAGAGGAAGAAGAGAGGAGGAAAGAAGAGGAAGAGGCAAGAAAGGCUGAAGAAGAGAAAAGAGAGAAAGAAGCAGAGGAAGCAAGAAAAAGAGAAGAGGAGGAAGCAAAGGAGAAAGAGGAAGAAAGGAAGAGACAAGAGGGAGAAGCAAGGAAAAGGGAAGAGGAAGAAGCCAAAAGGCAGGAAGAGGAAAUUAGGAGGAGACAGGAAGAAGAGGAAGCUAGGAAAAGACAAGAAGAACAGGAAAGGGAAAGACAGGAAGCAAGAAAGAGAGAGGAAGCAGCAGCACAAAGAGAGGCAGAGCAAGCAAGGAGAGAAGAGGAAGAAGCAGAAAAAAGAAGGCAGGAGGAGGAAGAAGCAAAGAGACAGGAGGAAGAAAAGGAGGAAGCAAAGAGGAGGCAACAGGAAGAAGAAGCAGAGGAAGCAAGAAGGAGAGGGGAGGAAGAAGCAGCAAAAAGGCAACAGGAAGAAGAAGCACAAAGAGAGGCAGAAGAAGCAGAAACAAGAAGGAAGCAGGAAGAGGAAGAAUCAAGGAGACAAGAGGAGGAAUCAAGGAGGAGGGAAGAAGAGGCAGCAAGAGAGGCAGAGAGGGGAAGCCAAGAGGAAGCUGAAAGACAAGAAGAAGAAGCUAGGAGACAGGAGGAAGAAACAGAAAAGAGGCAUCAACAACAAGAAGAAGAAACUGAGGAAGAGGAGCCAGGCGACAUGAACGGAUACUCCUCAAAGUAGCAUGACUACAUACUUGUGUUCUCACCACCACAACUAGUGUCCUUCAAAAAUUCUAAGCAAGUUCUCUCCAGGGUGAUGUAAUGAGAUGAUUAGUCUCUACGUUUUUGUAUAAUUUCAUCUGUGUGUGUGUAUGUACGUGUUUUUAUUUCCUUUUGGUAUCAAUAUUUACAAGUUUUAUGUAAUAAUAAUGCGGAAACCAGUUUUCAUGAAUAUCGAGACUUCCCUGGCAAGUCUCCAGCAAUG